UGAAUGUGUGCUGCCAGGAAGUGGGGCAGCCCCAUCAGACUGCUGUCCUAAAUGUGCUGUCUGUGGCAGAGCUUUUCUGUCUUGUCUAUCUCUCUCGACUCUCUUCUUUCUGUCAUCUCUUUUCAUUUUCUAGUCUUGGAGUGAAAAUCAGACUGAUUCUUUGGGACUUAUUUGGGAUCCAGACACCCCCACCCAAAGUGGUCCAUCUCUGUGUGGGACCACAGUGUGCUGCAUUGUGACUUACUAGUAGCGGAUCCUGCCGUAACCACUGUCCACCCAUGCUCCGUGUAUUUAUUCUGUGCGCCCAGAAUGUGCUGACGCAUGAUGAGGACAUUAGUGAUGCCUACUGCACCGUCACUUAUGAAGGGACAAAAAAGAAGACCAAAGUCAUCAAAAAUAAUGUCAAUCCUGUGUGGAAUGAGGGCUUUGAGUGGGACUUAAAGGGUGUUCCUUUAGACUCUGCAGCAGAGCUUCAUGUUGUCGUCAAGGACCAUGAAAAAAUGGGCAGGAAUAGGUUUCUGGGGGAGUGUCGGGUAGCUCUUCGAGAUGUGCUCAACUCUCCCAACCUAGCUGCUACUUUCACUGUGUCCCUGGUGGACACCAAAAGGAACAGCACAGGGAUCCACGGGCGUGUGCUGUUGGAGGUCAUCACAAAGCUGUCUCAACAGGUGGAGCAAAAGGUUGAAGACUUACACCCUGAUGACCUGCUGGUGGUAGAGAAAUUCAUGCGGAAGAGGAAGUUCUCCCUGUUUGCUGCAUUCUACUCGGCCACUCAUCUUCAGGAUGUAGAUGAUGCUGUUCAGUUUGAAGUCAGUAUUGGCAACUAUGGCAACAAAUUUGACAACACCUGUCUACCUUUGGCCUCCACCACUCAGUUCAGCAGGGCCGUGUUUGAUGGCUGUCAUUACUACUACCUACCAUGGGGAAAUGUGAAACCUGUGGUGGUCUUGUCUUCAGAGUGGGAGGAUAUCAGUCUUCGCAUUGAGGCACUAAACAUGCUGCUCAGCAUAGUCGACCGAUUGGAGUCAAACCUUGAGCAGGUACAGCUGACACUCAAAGCAAGUAGUGAUGAACAGGAAGUGGAGCAGAAGGUUGUCCAGCUGCUUGAUGAUGUCAUAGCCGACUGCAGUGAGGAACUGCCUGUGUUGAAUAAAUGGCCCUGUGUGACUGCGCUGGAUAAAGCUCUGAGGAAUCUGCGCAAGAUUAACAUGCAGCAGAUAGUGCAGGCGGCAUUGGCGCUCAAACAUGGACCAGAGACCGAGCUGAGUGCAGUGCUGGAGCAGGCGGAGGACUGGACUCAGAGACUUUGCCACCUUUCUGAGGAGCCCCAGAACAGUCUGCCAGAUAUAAUAAUCUGGAUGCUUCAGGGAGACAGACGAGUGGCCUACCACAGAAUCCCUGCCCAUCAAGUUCUAUUUUCCCAUGGUUAUUGCGGAAAGCAUUGUGGCCAACUUCAGACGGUUUUCAUGAAGAAUCCACAGGAAGAUGGGGGAUAUAGUAAGAUCCCAGCUCAGCUCAGGGUCAAGGUGUGGCUCGGACUGACUGCUGACGUCAAAUCCUUUAACCAGUUUGCCGAGGGCAAACACUCUGUGUUUGCAGAAACGUAUGAAAACCAGACUAAAUUGGCUCUGGUGGGGAACUGGGGUACGACGGGUUUGACAUACCCCAAGUUCAGUGACGUGACUGGCAGAGUCAAACUCCCAAAAGAGUGCUUCAAACCCCCUCCAGGAUGGAGCUGGGCAGGAGACUGGUACGUCAGCCCAGAGAAAACAUUGCUGUAUGACGCUGAUGCAGGUCAUAUAAGCUUUUUGGAAGAGGUGUUUGAAAAUCAGAUGCGUUUGCCAGGAGGACAGUGGAUUGGCAUGUCGGAAGGGUACACAGAUGUGAAUGGAGAAAAGGCCGUGCCUAAAGAUGAGAUCGAGUGUCCCCCCGGCUGGGUGUGGGAGGAUAUUGAGUGGAGCGAGGAUCUGAAGCGUGCAGUGGAUGAUCAAGGGUGGGAAUAUGGAAUAACCCUCCCCCCAGACCGCCGCCCAAAGUCCUGGGUUCCAUCCGAGAAGAUGUACCACACCAACCGCCGGAGACGUUGGAUCCGACUCCGCCGUAGAGAUAUGCAGAAAAUGGAGGCUCUCAGAAAACAGCGUCCGGACGAGUCGGAGCGCGAGGGCUGGGAAUAUGCCUCUUUAUUUGGCUGGAAGUUUCACCUUAAGCAGAGGAAGACUGACUCCUUCCGUCGCCGGCGCUGGAGAUACCGUAUGGAGCCAUUAGAAAAGACGGGGCCGGCGGCCAUCUUUUCCUUGGAGUGUUCGCUGACCAGUGUUACUGAUGAAAAGAAUGAUGAUAAGUCAGUUACAACAACCUUUGGUGUCAACCGCCCGACCAUCUCCUGCUUCUUUGAUAAUGGGACCCUGUAUCAUUUGCGAUGUUACUUGUAUCAGGCCAGAGACCUGCUGGCAAUGGAUAAGGACAGUUUCUCAGAUCCCUAUGCCAUUGUGUCCUUCCUGCAUCAGAGCCAGAAGACAGUGACUGUUCGGAACACGCUCAAUCCCACCUGGGACCAGACCCUCAUAUUUUAUGAAGUGGAAAUAUUUGGAGACCAUCUCGUGACUGAGAGGAACCCUCCACACAUUGUGGUGGAACUGUACGAUCAGGACACCUAUGGUGCUGAUGAGUUUAUAGGCCGUUGUGUUUGCAAAUCAUCAGUGGUGUCUUCCCCUCGCCUCGCCUGGUAUCCCAUCCAGAAAGCUGGGAAGCCUGCUGGAGAACUGCUUGCUGCUUUCGAACUGAUCCGCAGAGAUAAACCUGCAGUUCAUCACAUCCCCGGUCAAGAGGGGGAUAUUAUACCACCCUCACAUAUCAUGGAUGAGCUUGUGAUUCCAGGGUUCCUCUCUGACAGUCAACAGCAAUGGCCAGAGGACUCUGAUUUGCCUUAUCCACCUCCACAGAGGGAACCUAAUGUCUACAUGGUGCCGCAGGGCAUAAAACCUGUCCUACAACGCACUGCUAUUGAGAUACUGGUGUGGGGUUUGCGUAACCUGAAGAGUUUCCAGUUGGCUAGUGUGACAUCUCCCAGUCUUCAGGUGGAAUGUGGAGGAUGUGUGGUUCAGUCAUGCGUCAUUCGAAAUGCUAAGAAAAACCUCAACUUUGAUGUCAACACCCUGUUCAUUGAUGUCCGACUGCCCAAGGAAGAGCUCUACAUGCCCCCAUUGGUGAUCAAGGUUAUAGACAACCGUCAGUUUGGCAGGAAGCCUGUAGUGGGCCAGUGCACAGUCCACUCGCUCAAUGAGUUCUGCUGUCAGCCAGAGAGCCUGGACAGAGACCCUACGGAAGAAGAAUUUGAGGCAAUUGCUCACACCCCUAGAGAUGACUUCCUGGUUGAUAUUGAUGAUAAGGAGCCUCUCAUUCCUGGACAGGCAGACUGCACCAACUCUGCCAUUAUUAACAUCUCGCCUUCUCAGUCCAGCCUCCUUCAGGAUGAAUUUAUGGACUGGUGGAGCAAGUUUUAUGCCUCCACGGGUGAGAGAAACAAGUGUGGCAGUUAUCUAGAGAAGGGCUUCGAUACGCUGCAGGUGUAUGACAGGGAACUGGAGAAGGUUGAAGGCUUCGAGCAGUUGGCUGAUUUCUGUCAAACGUUUAAACUUCACCGUGGAAGAGUCCAGAAUGAGAGUGAAGACCCUUCUGUUGUUGGAGAGUUCAAGGGCUCAUUUAAGAUCUAUCCAUUGCCUGACGAUCCCUCAAUGCCCGUACCCCCACGCCAGUUCCGCAAACUUCCCCCAAACGGUAUAGAAGAGUGCCUGGUACGUGUCUAUAUCAUCCAGGCCUAUGGCUUACAGCCCAAAGAUGCCAAUGGCAAGUGUGACCCCUAUGUUAAGAUCACACUUGGCAAGAAAUCAGUCGAUGACCACGACAAUUACAUACCCUGUACUUUGGACCCUGUCUUUGGAAAGAUGUUUGAGCUGACUUGCUCUCUGCCUCUUGAGAAGGACCUAAAGAUCACGCUGUAUGAUUAUGACAUGGUCACUAAAGAUGAGAAAAUUGGAGAGACUGUCAUUGAUUUGGAGAAUCGCUUCUUGUCGUGUCAUGGUGCUCGCUGCAGCCUGCCACAGUCCUACUGUUUGUCUGGAGUUAACCAGUGGCGAGAUCAGCUGAAACCAUCCCAGUUACUUCAUCGUCUGUGCGAGAAGCAAAACUACAAACUGCCAGUCUACAAGCAGGAUAGAAUCUACUUCAGAGGACAGGAGUACACAGUUGCAGACCUUGAUGAAGGAAAACCUCUUAACGCUCACCUGGGACCAGUGAUGGAGCGUCUAGCUCUGUUGGUGUUGAAGAGGCAGUAUCUGGUGCCUGAACAUGUAGAGACGCGACCCCUCUACAGCCCUCUACAGCCAGAUAUAGAACAGGGGCGCAUGCAGAUGUGGGUGGACAUUUUCCCGAAAUCUUUAGGCCCACCAGGACCUCCAUUCAACAUCACGCCACGCAAAGCUAAAAAGUUCUUCCUGCGCUGUGUUAUAUGGAACACAAGAGAUGUUAUCUUGGAUGAUGUCAGUGUUACUGGGGAGAAGAUGAGUGACAUUUAUGUGAAAGGCUGGAUGCACGGCCACGAAGAGAACAAGCAGAAAACAGAUGUGCACUAUCGAUCACUGGGUGGUGAGGGCAACUUUAACUGGCGUUUCUUCUUCCCCUUCCACUAUUUACCUGCAGAACAGCUCUGCACCAUUGAUAAGAAGGAGCAUUUUUGGAGUCUGGAUAAAGUUGAAACAAAACUUCCUCCUAAACUUACUAUCCAGAUCUGGGACAACGACAAGUUCUCCUUUGAUGAUUUCCUUGGCUCUUUGGAAAUGGAUCUGAACCAUAUGCUGAGUCCAGCAAAGUCUCCAGAGAAGUGUGGUCUUGAGAUGCUCUCUCAGUCCCAGGACAAACUGGUGUCUUUGUUUGAGCAGAAGACAGUAAAAGGCUGGUGGCCUUGCAUGUGUGACAGAGAAAAUGAAAAGAUACUUGCAGGAAAGGUGGAAAUGUCACUGGAAAUCGUCUCUGAGCAGGAGCAGGAUGAGAGGCCUGCAGGACUCGGCAGAGAUGAGCCCAACAUGAAUCCCCAUCUAGAUGAGCCACAGCGUCCUGAGACCUCAUUCUUAUGGUUCUCAUCCCCAUAUAAGACGUUUAAGUUCAUUGUGUGGAGGAGGUUUAAGUGGCUUAUUCUGGGCUUCUUUGUGCUCUUUUUCAUUUUUCUCUUCCUUGGAGUCUUUCUCUAUGCCUUCCCUAACUAUGCUGCUAUGAAGAUGGUUGGACCCUUCAGUGGAGUGGGAAAAGGAACACAGUGAGACAGAAAAAGAUAGAAAAAAGGACAUAAACCCUCACAUCCAUUACCAACCACAUCAAAACUCCAUCACACAUCUCUGUCCAUCCUACUGGAGACAUCUGCGUCGCUUGUGCACAUGUCCUUGUGUCUUACGAGCCAAGAGAAAACUGAAGACAGCCUGAGAGUAUUUGAAGUCUUUAUAUGUGCGUUAGCCUGUUCUAGCCCUAUAUGCAUGAACGUUGCAUAACAUCUGUGUGUUUGUACAUGUAUUACACACCAAGCUCCCUGCCCUGUAUCUGCCCCAGUCCUGAACUCUCUCAGUAUUCUCUUUAACUCCCACUUACACUUUCAUCUCCCUGCCCGUUUAAUCCUUUUUCAUGUCUCCUGUAAAACUGGGUUCUUUCUUCACAGCCAGAUGCUUCUUUCUUCUUCCUUCAUGCGGAGAGAGGGAGACAGAGCCGUGUCCCACCACCUCCCAUCCAUUCGUUCCUCUCCUUUCAACAGCGCUGGCUCUUUAGGUUAAACCCUGAUUUGUACCGUUAGGCUGUAAGAUCCGAGACAGGCUGGUUAUUAGCUGAGCCCCCGCUGUCAGCAAGCCCACCUCUCUGAUUACUAUCACACUCUGUUAUUUUGCUUUAGCGAAAUCCCCUCUAAAUGGAUUCAGGGUCAACUGUGGGUUGGCAACAUGUGUGUGUGUGGAAUGUGGGCUGUGAAUGAGAAUGAGAGAUAAAAGACUUGUUUAUUUGUGUAAAUGUUACACUCACGUCCCGGGUGCCUUUGUGCCUUUUUGCAUUUGACUCUGUAAAGCAUGAAAAUGAGCAGGCGCAUCUGGAAGAAUUUGCCAGACUUCUAAACAUGCCUGUGAAAGAGCUGUUACAUGAUAAAAUACACAAAUUACUUGUUUUCUCUCCAUGACCAGGUCAUGAGCUCCUCUUCUACCAAGUGAGUAUAAACUAUGGUGGAGUCACAUUUAGUGAAACUGGAAUCUCAAAACUUGGAGCAUCUGUUUAGUCAAUUCUGCAUGCUCACAUUACAUUUAUCUGAUGGAGCUUCUCUAUGAACAGAAAAUGUCAAGAGAUCUGGGUUAAUCUGAAAUAAUCUGCAGGAUGUCCAAAAGUGUUUACAUUUUAUUUUAAAAAAUGAGGGCAAAAGUAGUGAAGAAGGGAUUUGAUGUUUCCAUCAAGUAACUGAUUUGACAGUAAAAAGGAUGAAUUGCUAUCUCUGUUACAGAAAGAAAAAUGAGCGAUUAUGUUUAUUUUUUUCAUUGUAGCUAUUUUCUGCACAUCAUGGAUCUACAAUAUCACUGAUUUAUGAAAGGAAAGUGAAUGAGAAAACAUUAACUAAAAAAGCUUUGCCUUAGCGUUCUCUUGCCAAAUAUUGUACAGUAUAUAGCUGAAUAACUGCAUUUAUGCAAAACACAAAUCCCCAUGCUGCGCGUCUAUGAAUAGUUGUCAUUCAUAUACAACUUUUGCCAUACAUUUCUUAAUUUGACAGUCAAAAUGGAUAUUUCUGUUAUUGACCUUCCGAAUGGCUUUUUGCAGUCUACUGUAAAGAUGCACAUCGUCUUAUUGCCUUAAAGCUUCUGCUGUCAUCGCUGAUUAAUUCACUGUUGAAAUCGACUGUAUUUGUAUCUCACUGUAAUAUGCUUUGGUCAAAUAUAUACCUAUCUAU